GGAGGAAAAGGGCAUCAGUCAGCCUAAAUGGUUGGAGGAGUUCCCAGUGACUGGUGUCCCUGUGAAGAGUGAAGAUGAUGAGGUGAAAGGUGAAAGUGAGGAGAGGGGAGGGGGGGAGCCUCCAAGCAGCAGCUCAACACAACACAUGACAACAGAAGCUGAUGGAGACCACUGUGGAGGAUCACAAGCAGACAAGCUCUUAGCUCCACUAUCAGAUAGUGAGGACACAACGUCACACUCUCCUGACACUGAUGAUGAAGACUCUAAAGAUGAUAAGACAUGUCACACUGACAACACUCACUUCACAUGUCCUCACUGUCACAAAACUUUUAAAUACCAUUGUCGUCUGAAAUCACACAUGAGAACACACACUGGAGAAAAACCUUUCUCUUGUUCAAUCUGUGGUAAAGGUUUUACACAAAGUAUCAAUUUGAAAGUACACAUGAGAACACACACUUGUGAAAAACGUUUUUCCUGUUCAACCUGUGGUAAAGGUUUUACACAAAAUCAGAGUUUGAAAAUACAUAUUAGAACACACACUAGAGAAAAACCUUUUUCUUGUUCACUCUGUAGUAAAGGUUUUACACAAAGUAUCAAUUUGAAGGUACACAUGAGAACACACACCAGUGAAAAACCUUUUUCCUGUUCAAUCUGUGGUAAAGGUUUUAGAGAAAGUCAACAUUUGAAAAGACACAUGAGAACACACACUGGUGAAAAACCUUUUUCAUGUUCAAACUGCGGUAAACAUUUUACUCAGAGGCCAGAUUUAAAAGUACACAUGAGAACACACACUGGAGAAAAACCUUUUUCAUGUUCUAUCUGUGGUAAAGAUGUUACUCAGAGGCCACAUUUGAAAGUACACAUGAGAACACACACUGGAGAAAAACCUUUUUCAUGUUCAAUCUGCGGUAAAGAUUUUACUCGAAGGGAAAAUUUCAAAAAGCACAUGAGAAUACACACUGGAGAAAAACCUUUUCCUGUUCAAUCUGCAGUAAAUAUUUUGCGCAACGACACUAUUUGAAAGAACACGUGAGAACACACACUGGAGAAAAACCUUUUACAUGUUCAGUAUGUUGUAAAAGUUUUUUACAAAGUCAGCUUUUGAAAAGACACAUGAGAAGACACCCAGGAGAGAAAGUGUUGAGUUGCAGUGUGUGUGGUGAAAGAUUGUCUUCUAAGUACCAGUGUAAGAAACACAAGUGUGCUGGUGAGAACAGCAGCAGCAAAUGAAACUGCAGGAUUUGAAAUAAACUGUCCAGACUUUAACUUUGACCUUCUAAAAACAUCAGCACAUAGUUUCUAAGAUUUAUAGAUGAGAUAUUUUAGAUUAUUGCCUUUUUUCAGUCAAGUACUACACAUGACAAGUGUUUUUUAAAGUUGUUCAUGAUUUAUCCCCCUUUUUUAGAAUUCCUCAAACAUUAUCAAUUUCAGAAAACAUGGGAACGUUUGGAAUGUUUGGGAAAAGUUAAUUAUGUACAUCAUCCCACAGAGCUUUACUGUACAUCCAUCCAUUUGUUCUACCACUUGUCUCUUUCAUUUUAUAUGUAUAGCAUUUAAUCACAUACUUGUCCGCCAAAGGGUGUUGCGUUUUGGAGGAACUCCUUCUGUCAGAGUGCUGUUCACACUUCUUUUACUGCGGAAAUCUACUCACAAAAACAAUCCAAACAGUAGGAAACAAAAAACGAUGGUGCGAAAAAGAGAAGACUAAACGUGCAUUUUGGAAAAAAUAACAAAAGCUACUUCUAUACACAAAUAAAGUCAACUUGGUUUGGAGUUACAAGACGUGCACACUACAAAACAACACCAAGAUGGAUGGCACUGGGAAUGGCCAAGGUAGCAAAAUACUCAAAGCAUGGAAUCAACUGGCGUGGAGUAGAAUCGCCGAGUGCCAUCCAGCUGUCAAGGUGCUGCUUAAGUAGCACCAGGGUCAAUUGGAAGCAGCUGUGCACGUCCCACAACUCCGCCCACAAAGGCAACACAGGAACUCUAGGAGGAAGGAGAAAUGUAAGAACAAGGUCAACUGCACCAAAAGACGAAAACUGACUGUUGGAGCCAAAUUUCCUUAUUUGCUUAUAUUGUUUUUAUUUAGUUUUCUCUGAUUGAUUGCUGGCUUCAGUUCAUGCUGAAUUUCCCUUUCUGCAGAUUGCUCCGCCCACUUCCUGUUGAGAACCAGGAAGUGUUGACAGGGAUGGGACUGUUGCUAUGGUGCGGUUGCCAUGGUAGCCUCCUUUAAUUGUGUUCAGCUGGGAACACUGGGGGGUGAUUGCAUGGAGGACAAACAGUUUUGGAGCGUGUGGUGUGGUGUGUGGUCAGGUCUCACUGCUGUGACAAUGUGCCAUUCAAGGUCAGCAUACAUAAUGUUCUAGAACCUACUUUUCAUUUCAUUUUGAUAGCUUGGAAUAAAGGGAUUGUCAUAUCCAAACACAUUUCUA